AUGGCUUGGGAACAAAAUCGUCUUCGACUGCUUUGCAUGUUGUCCAUGACUUCUGCUUUUUUCAUUGUUGAGGUUGCGGUCAGCCGUGUGACUGCCUCCCUGUCAAUGUUGUCAGACUCUUUUCAUAUGCUCUCGGAUGUCAUAACUCUGGUUGUGGCCCUGAUUGCUAUGCGCUUCUCUGAGACAACUCAAGCAACGAAUACAAAUACAUUCGGAUGGGUUAGAGCCGAAGUGAUGGGUGCUCUGGUCAACACAGUGUUCCUGGCUGCCCUGUGCUUUUCCAUCAUAGUUGAAGCCAUCGAGCGGUUCACAACGCCUCACGAGAUUGAGAGUCUCCAGGUGGUUGUUGGAGUUGGAUCUAUGGGAAUUUUUGUGAAUUUGCUGGGUCUUUUGUUUUUCCACAGACACGCAGGACAUGGUCACAGUGGACAGGGCCACUCGCAUGGAAGUUCUAUUGUAAUUAACACACUUCAUAAAUCCGAGAGAUUAUUAGGGAAAGAAUCCGGUGAAGAUGACACAAUGCGUCCGAUCCUAAUUGAUUGUAGUCUGAAGACAAGUGAACGCAGAGCAGAAGAACAUCAAGAAAUCCCAAAUGUGGAGAAACUUGAAUCCCACAUGUUCCUGGGGGAGUUGAAUGACAACCAUCAUGAAUCUGCUUUACAGCUCAAAAUGCAGGGUGUCUUCCUGCAUGUGCUGGGUGACACUUUAGGCUCUGUAAUUGUUCUGGUUAUCUUCAUGUAUGUGUGGCAGCCUUGUCAGGCUGGGGAGAUCUGUGUGAACCCAUGUUACAACCACAACCCAGACCACUCUAUCCACCACCCACAACAUAUCAACACAUCACUGGUUACCAUGUUUAGUAGUAGUACACAGACUAGCAAGCACAUCGCUGGGCCUUGCUGGGUGCUCUACCUGGACCCCACCCUUUCCAUCAUAAUGGCAGCCAUCUUGCAUUGUAUCAAAUUCCCUCUCCUAAAGGAAUCUGCCCUCAUCCUAUUGCAGACUGUUCCCAAACAGGUCAACAUAACCCGGCUGCUUUGGAAGCUGAGGAACCUGGAUGGUGUCUUGGCUGUCCACGACCUACACAUCUGGCAGCUGGCAGGGAGCAGGAUUAUCGCCACCGCACACAUCAAAUGCCUAGACCCUGUUGCUUAUAUGGGCAUGGCCAAAAAAAUCAAAUCCCUCUUCCAUGAUGAAGGGAUCCAUGCCACCACUGUACAACCAGAGUUUGUUACCAUUCAAUCUGAAUCUAAUGUUUAUGUCUGUGAACUCUCCUGUCGGAAACAGUGUGCCCCGAAGCUGUGCUGUUGUAGCUUUGACCGAUCAGCACUGGGAAGGACUGUUGGAGAAAAGUUUGUUUCCUUUUCGUAUUACUCAACAGAACAACCAUCACCCUUAAUACGACAGUUAAACUCGGCUGCUAUCAAGCGAACGGCCACACAGAGUGCUAAGGUUGACAUUUACACAGAAGCAGAAUCCUCAGUGUGA